AUGAUGGAUCAUCAGUGGAUGGAGCUUCAGUCAGAGGAGACGACAAAGAGAAGGAUUCUGAUCUCAACGAGAGCACAAAAACAGCAAGUGAUGGAGGAGAUGCACAUAAGAGCUCCAGAGAAGAAAGUCAGACAUGAACUAGAGGAGAAACUAAGAGUGAGAGAUAAUGAAGUCAAAGAGCUACAGCAGAAGAUCAAGACACUGGAGGGUGUGAAGCUGAAUCUGGUUGUGUGUGGGAGUAACAGAGGAUUUAAAUCCUUCAUAUCAAACCUGAUCCUGAAGCAGAGCGAGAGAAGAUCAGAGCUCAGCUCAGAGUGUGUGAGGAGAGACGUGGAGCUUGAUGGACGUCUGAUCAGUCUGGUGGAGCUUCCAGCUCUGUUCAACACUCAGCUCUCAGAGGAGGACGUGAUGCGUCAGACUCACCGCUGUGUGUCUCUCUGUCAUCCUGGAGUUCAUGUGUUCAUCCUCAUCAUUCCUGAUGCUCCACUGACUGAUGAAGACAGAGCAGAAAUAGAGGAGAUCCAGAGGAUCUUCAGCUCAAGAGUCAACAAACACAUCAUGAUCCUCAUAAAGCAGAAUCCAGAGCAUCAGACAGCAGAACUCAAUGAAGAAACACAGUCUGUCACUGAGAGUUUUGGAGGACGACAUCAUUUCAUUGACCUGAACACACAAGUGUCUGUGUUGAUGGAGAAACUGGAGCAGAUGGUUGAGGAAAACAGUGGUGUUUGUUUCUCCACAGAGACAUUGAUGGAUGCACAGAUGGACAAACUGCAGAAAUUUGAAGAAAUGAAGAGGAGAAUCUAUUCAUUAGAGACAUGGUUUCAGUCACAAGAUUCAAGAGAAAGAGAAGAUGAACUGAGGAUUGUGCUGCUGGGAAAAACUGGAGCUGGGAAGAGUUCAACUGGAAACACCAUUUUAGGAAGAGUCAUGUUUGAAGCUGAAACAUCUCAAGAGUCUGUUACUACAGUGUGUCAUAGAGAGACAGCUGAAAUCAACAGCAGACACAUUACUGUGAUCGACACUCCAGGACUGUUUGAUACUGUACUCAGUAAUGAAGAAAUCAAGAGAGAAAUCAGCAACUGCAUCCCCAUGAUCCUGCCUGGACCACAUGUGUUCAUCAUUGUGCUCAAUUUAGGACAGCGAUUCACUCAAGAAGAGAAAACAUCAGUAAAGAUAAUCCAAGAGACGUUUGGUGAAAACUCUGUAAAGUACACCAUGGUGCUCUUCACCAGAGGAGAUGAUCUGAAUGAUAAAACCAUUGAUCAGUGUUUGGGAAAACCUGGAUCUGAUUUGAAUCAGCUGAUUGAAGCGUGUGGAAACAGAUUCCAUGUGUUCAAUAAUAAAGAGACUGGAGACCGAACACAGGUGACUGAUCUACUGCAGAAGAUAGACAACAUGGUGAAAGAGAACGGAGGGAGUUACUACUCAUGUAAGAUGUUCAGAGAGAUGGAGAGAGAAUUACAAGAACAACAGAUGAAGAUACUGAUGGAGAAAGUGGAGCAAGUGAACAGAGAAAAAGAAGAACUGAUGAACAAACAUGAAGAAGAGAAAAAGAGGAUGGAGAAAGAAAGGCAGAAUCAUGAGAAAGAGAGAAAGAGAAGAGAAGAUGAAUUUAGAGAAAGAGAGGAACGAUAUAAAAGAGACAUUAAAGAAUGUGAGGAACAAGAGAGAAAGAUACGAGAGGAGAUGAAGAGAGAACGAGAGGAAUGGGAGAAACAGAAACAACAGGAGAGACAAAGAAGAGAAGAAGAGGAGGAGAAAUGGAGAAACAAAGAACAGGCAAUGUGGGAGGACUAUAAUCAGAGACUUAAAGAAGAGAAAGAGAGAAUGAAGAUGAUGAUGGAGGAAGAAAGACAGAAUCAUGAGAAAGAGAGAAAGAGAAGAGAAGAAGAGGAUGAGAGAAGGAGAAAGAUAGAAAAGGAAACAUGGGAUGAAUAUUAUGAUAAACUUAAACGUGAGAGAGAAAGAAGACUGAGAGAGAGAGAAGAACUUCAGUUCAAACAUGAAGAAGAGAGAGACAGAAUGAAGAAGAUGAUGGAGGAAGAAAGACAAAAUUAUUACAAAGAGAGAGAAAGAAGAGAUGGGGAAUAUUUAAAAACAGAAGAACAAUAUAAAAGAGACAUUAAAGACAUAGAAGAACUAGAGAGAAAGAUGCGAGUGGAGGUGAAGAGAGAACGAGAGGAAUGGGAGAAACAGAAACAGGAAAAACAAAGAGAAGAAGAGGAGAAGGAAGAAAGUAGACGUAAUGAACUUGAUACAGGAACUCCUGAGGUACAGCACACAAACAAUAAUGAAGAUUCACCAUCAGAUUCAGGAUGUUUGAGAAUCUUGCUGUUUGGGAGGACAGGAAAUGGAAAGUCUGCCACAGGAAACACUAUCCUCAGAAAUAAUGAGUUUCACAGUGAAGCCAGUUCACGUUUGGUGACCACUACUUGUAAGAAGGGAAUUGGUGAAGUUGCUAGUAAAUCAAUAGCUGUUAUUGAUACUCCAGAACUCUUUGACACAACACUGACAAAUGAACUAGUGCAGGAAGAAAUAAUGAAAUGUAUUUCACUGUCAGCACCUGGACCACAUGCGUUCAUCAUUGUGGUGAGUCUGGGAAAAAUCACCCAAGAGGAGAAAGAGACUUUAGACAUGAUCAAGAUGAUCUUUGGCUCAAAAGCAGCAGAUUUCUGCAUUGUUCUCUUCACUAGAGGAGAUGAUCUGAGAAAACAAACAAUAGAAGAAUAUGUAGAUAAAAGUAAAAAUGCUGAACUCAAGAAACUGAUCAGUGACUGUGGAAACAGAUUCCUGGUUUUUAACAACACAGAAACACAAGAUCAGACACAAGUUAUUCAUCUGUUCAAUAUGAUAGAAGAAAUGAAGCAAUCUAAUCAGGGCCCAAAUUUCACUAAUGAGAUGUUUGAGGAGGCAGUGAUCUCCAUUGAACAGAGAAGCGAAAUGAUAAAAAAUCAAGUUGAAGAAUUUGAAGCCAAAUAUGACAUGGAAAUCAAAAGCAUGAGAAAGAGACUGAACGAGAAGAAACAAAAGAGAGAAGAGGAAAGAGAGAGACUGAAGAACAAGUUCAGAGAACAAGAGGAAAGACUCAGGAGAGAGUUUGAGGAGAAAGAAAAAUCAGAGCAGAAGAAACGAGAGACAGAGGAUCAGAAACAAUCAGAAGAAGAGGAACAGAAAAGAGCUGAAUAUAAUCAAAGAAAAGAGAAGAUGAAGAGAGAGAUUGAAGAUCAGAGAAUACAGUAUGACAAAAAACUUAAAGAAAGAGAAGAAGAAGAUAGAAAGAGAGAAGAAGAAUAUAAACAAGAUCAAGGAAAAAUUACAAAUGAACUUGACCAUAUUAUAGCAGCAUUACAGAUGAAACAAGGAGAGGAAAUAAAAAAGAGAGAUUCAGAGGAACAAAUGAGGAAGACACAAGAAGAGAAAGAAAGAGAAGAAUGGAAGAGAAAAAUAAAAGAGGCAGAAAGUGACAAAGAGACUCAAGAGGAAAUUAAACGACAGCAAAGAGAAUGGGAGGAAAAGAAGAAACGACAGAUGAGAGAACGAGAGGACGAGGAAAGAGAGAGAAAAGAGAGACACAAUGAACAGCUGAGAGAAAAACAAGAAGAACUGGAGAACAAGAGAAUGAAUUCUGAAAGAGAGAGAGAAGAAGGAAGACAAAACAGAGAGGAGGAGAAAAAACAACAGAUAAGAGAGAGAGAACAGAAAGAGAGAGAAUACGAAGAAAAUAUAAAUGAAAUGAAGAGAAGUUAUGAGCUGCUGGAGCGAGAGAGAAAAGAGGAGUGGAAGAGAAGAAAACGAGAGGAUGAAGAAAGACGAGUGGAGAAGAGAAAGAGAUGUGAGACAAUGAUGAGAGGCUAA